AUGAAACAGCAGACGAUUCGUAAUGCACGUAUUGUUGGUUCUUCGUCGGAUUCAAAUGGAUCUGAGGAUGAUGCGGGUCCUUCUACUUUACAUCAGCAUCCUAUGAGGUUGCGUUCUCACGGUGGUCUAAGUCUCAACUAUGCACGGACAGGACGGUUGCGAGAUGAGAUUUAUUCAGGUGCUGAGGACAUGACUUGCCCUAUUUGUCACAAAACUGUUCCCUCAGAUGAGGCUGAUGUGCAUCUUGUAAUGUGCCUUACUAGACCGAAAAUUACUUAUAACGGUAAGUUUUUAUGA